GAGUCGGUGGACCGCUGGGGCAAGUGAUCUUCAACAUCGGCAAGUACCAGAAGGCCGGUGCUCUCAUGACCUUCAAGAGUGCCUACGAGAACGACAAGAAGUAUGUAGCGUGGGUUCGGAAGUUCGUGAAGGGCAAGAGCGUACAGCCAGACAAGAGCAGCCACCCAACCAUGACACAGUUCAGACUGUACAUCGCUCUACGAGACCAACGCAAGUCACAACGCCUGCAGAUGAACCCAGAGGUAUCUCAGCAAAUGGUGCAGCUACCUACGGUGAUGAGGUCGCAGCCAAAGGCCAGGCCAACAGCAACCACACAGCCGAGAGUCGCAGCAAGGGCAUCGGGAACCACGAGGAUGGCAACCACGCAGGGUGCCAUGAGUGCUGCAUCGUCGGUGCAGCGAGUGCCAGUGGCAACGACAUCGGAAGCCAAUGUGUGGGACGACCAGUGGUUGGUGACGACGGAGCCCGAGGGCGAGGCGACGGUCGAAACGCCUCUGGACCGCCGUCGUCGGCUGGUUCGCGAGCAGAUCGAGAUGCUGACCCUCCAGCUGGAAGAGCUGCAAGAAGCCGAGGACCUGCGUGGGGUGGAAACCUGUUCCCGGAAGCCAGUUGAGCUUUAUGGUGUUCAUGAGGGUGUUGAUGUUGUGGUUCUUGAACAAGGCUCCGGUGAAGAGGUGCUCACGGCAGUAGGGCUUAGCGUGAAAGUUCUGUUCCAAGAGCUAACUCCUGGAAUGAUCCGGAGCUCUGCCACGGUCGAGCGAGCUGUGAAAGAGAUUCAGAAGCUGAGUCCGAAGCUGCUGGUAGUUCGUCCUCCCGAUCAUAUGACCAAGACCCGAGGUAGUGCUGCUAUGGUGAGAACGUAUCAUGCCAAGCAUAGGGCUGCCUACACACGUUUGAUUGCUGCUUGUUGUGCUGAACAGUGCUGUGAGGGUCGCUUAUUCUGUGUUGAAGAUGUGAACGAGAGCAUGAGUGACCGAGUGAGACAGUGGAAGAAGCAGCGCUGUGAUGAGAACACGUUGGCUGUUGAGAGAGUGGAGAGUGAUAACAUGUGGAGAGCGUUCACGAACAGCAAGCAUCUUCAGCAACAAAUGCAGAAAACGUGGUUGAACAUGAGCGAGUUACAGGAUCCUAGGUGUUUCAUCAAGGAUGUGGCCACAGGACUGAUGAAGGCAAAACAACAAGUUCACGAGGUUCAUGUCGCCCAUUGUGUGUUUACAAUCGAGGAUUUGAGAGGAGAAGGAGCCCAGGAUGAUCGUCGAGUCAUGACUAUUCUUAGGUUAGCCAAGGGGUUGCGAUGUGAGACGUGCGAUGAGUUGUCCAAGCCUAAAUCACAUCAUGUCACCAAGCUUCGCAAGGCUACGGAGUUCAAUCAACAAGUGUGUGUUGACACGCUUGAGCAAGAGGUGCGUGACAUGAAGGUCCAUUUUCUCAACAUUGUCGAUGAGGCCACAGGGUAUCAGAUGGUGGCUCCGUUGUGGAAGGGCAUGCAGGUGGCGUUUUCCAAGGCCCAGGUUGAGGCAAGGCCACGUAGCAAGCAGGAGGCUCAGGAGCUGAUUGAUCAG